CCUACCGAACCCUUCGUCCUCUUCCCCUGUCUCCUUUCUCCUCUAAACCCUAAACCACACACGCUUCCUAGCUCCCGCCCCUCCUCGAAGCGGCGGCGGUGGUGUCGGCAUGGGCGCCCUCUCUGCGUCGACGUCCUCAGUGAACUGGCUAGUCGAGGACGACAUCCUCCUCAAGAACGCCGUCGAGACUGGUGCCUCAUUGGAGUCCUUAGCGAAAGGAGCUGUAUGCUUUUCCCGUAAAUACACUCUUCAAGAAAUACAGUAUCGUUGGAAUUCAUUGUUAUAUGACCCAGAGAUCUCAACACAAGCUUCUUCUCGGAUGGCUGAGUAUGAGAAUGAACUUUCCACUUCCAAUCCGGCCAAGGCACAUAAACUUUUCAACUCAAAAGCAAAGGAUUUUUCGUUUCAGAAACGGAAAAUAGACAGUGUAAAGAAUCUAUAUUAUGCGAUGAGAAAGAGAGUCUGCAAUGAUCCAUGUAACACUGUUGACCUUGGAUUUCUUAUUGCCCCUUGUUCAUGUAUAGCAGCUGGUAGCGAGUGUGUAUGUGAAGGCCUACCUAAACUUUCGCAAGGCCAUCAUGUCAUUAACAAUAUUGAACCAGGGCUGAGUUCAGUGAGCCGCUAUGGGCAAUUGGGUGCAAGCUACAACAGUGGACAUGUAUAUCCUGAAAUCAAUGGGCAUUCUUUCCAUGCAAAGCACACUGAGAGCAUGGUAAGAGAUGGGGACGCCACCAAUAACGUCCCGUAUGGUUACUCAGAUGUAGGUCAAAUAUAUGAACAUCAUGCCUACGCAGCAAAGAAUCGUGGGAGUAAUGAAGGGAACAAUGUUAUUCUUAAGGAUAUCACAGAUUUUCAGGAUUCUAUGCAGUUUCAGCAAUUGGACAGCAAUCAAUGUGGUAAUGGAGUGGCAGAAUCAAAGACGUUGGUGAUCCCUAAUCAAAUUGGAGUUGAACAUGACCAUUUCAAUGGAAGUGUGCAAGAACCUAUCCCUCUCCACGUGAUUGGUCAACCUGAGGGUUCUCAAACACCUGGUGGGGCAAUCUGGAGCGCAGUUCAGGAAAGAGACAGACUCGCUCUUGCUGAUGAUAAGAAAAUAAAGUCACAAAACAGACACCCUCUCACAUUUCAAGCAAAUUUAGAUGGUCGGAUUUGCACAUCUGAUUUAGAACACGCAGCAAUACCGGAAGGUGAUUUCAUAGAUUUUCCAUUUUUCGGUAACAGUGAAGAAUUUGAUAUCCUGAAUGGUGAAAACUUUUUGAAUUCUCCAAGUGAGGCAAAUCAGGAGGAUUUGGAUGAUCCUGCCUCCAAAGCUGUACCUGGGGUGAGAUCAACCAUGCAAAAUCUGACACACCCCAACGAGGCCAAUAUGUCUUGUCAUCAAAUAGAUCCUGGCCAUGUGAAAAAUAACGUAGUAGAUGUUUCUGGUAUUAUCUUGGUUCCUACAUCAUUAGAAGUGCCUUGUCCUGGUCGGUAUGUUGAGUGCAUAUUGAACACAGAAGAUCCUGAAAUACCUUGCAAUGAUGAUGUUACACCUGGUGAGUAUCCUCUUCACUGUUCUGCUUCUACCUUCGGCCAGAAAUCCGAGAACACUAUCUGUUCGGUCUCCCCUGGAACCAGCCCUCCAUCAAAUGCUGAACAUUCCGAAGCAAGUGACUUGGCCCUAAUAAAGGGGGAAGAUAUGGCAAAUAUCCAACCUUCAUCACAAACAAUGAAGCUUGGCCCAUCCAAUUCAGAACAAAAAGAAGGUUCAGUGGCACUUAAUAAAGGUGGUGUCCUCGAAGCUAAGCUGUCAGAAGGUCCUUCAACAGCUGGAAUCCUUUUGACUGGUAAUAUGGACAAGGAUGAUGCAAACACAUGCAUGCUAGCUUUGCCCUCUUUUAGUGCUGCUGGAUUUGGUGAAGGAUCAACUUGUAGUUUAGGACAACAUGAAAGUUUUGAUAACUCUCAUGGAUUGACUUUGCAAAAUUCAGUUCAAGUUCCUGAUCAGAUGCAAUACAACUCACAUGAUAAUGGACCGGAAUUAGGUGAGGAGUCUGCUCUGCAGAACUGUAUGCCGUCCAAUGUUCUAUCAGAUUUGGGUAUUCAAGAACCUGUUGCAAUUGUGCCAAUACCAGCUCAAGCAAAAGAAUGCUCUGACAAUGAAAAUGACGUUCCAAACUAUUAUGAUAUAGAAGCUUUGAUUCUUGAUCAGGAUCUAAUCCCGUGGGAUCAAGACUCUGAUUUGAUGCAUCCUGAAGUUACCAGCUUUCAGCAACCGGAAAGCAGGAAGUCAUUGAUAAGGCUGGAGCAGGGUGCUCGGUCUUAUAUGAACAGAGCUAUCAUGUCUCGUGGUGCCUUUGCAGUUAUCUAUGGAUUGCACUUGAAAUCCUACAUAAAGGAUCCUGAGGUUACUCUUGGAAGAGAAACAGAAGAUGUAAAAGUUGACAUUGAUUUGGGAAAAGAGGGGAGGGCAAAUAAAAUAUCGCGCCGACAGGCGGUUAUCAAGAUGGAUGAAACUGGGUGUUUCCAUAUCAAGAACAUUGGAAAAUGUCCAAUAUUUAUUAAUAGCAAGGAGAUUCCAAGCUGCAAACGCAUCAACUUAAGCUCUGACUCAUUAAUCGAGAUAAAGGAAAUGCGGUUUAUUUUUCACGUAAAUCAGGAUGCUGUGAGGCAGUACCUUGCUCGUGACCUGAAGCCAGAACGCUAGUUUCAUCUUGGUUUUGAGUCAGCACGCUGCGAGUGAGCAGCUCAUUAACAACGAUAGUGGAAGUAAAUGUUGAGUGAGCCAGAACGCCUGUGUCUGUAGUCUGUAUAUAGAUGUAGUGUCACGUGUGUUGUGUCAUUCUGUGCCGUUCAAUGAGCAUGAUAGAUCCUUCAUGUCCAGUACACCAUUGCUCAGUCUGUACUGACACUCCGAGAGUCCCAGUCAUAUUUUCAUAUGAAAGUUGGCACCCUACAUUAUGGUGAGUGCCAAGAGCCAA